GUUUCUGGCUCUGGGGUACCAGGCGCCCCUGUGAUACUCCUCAGCUCUCUUAACACGGACGCGGUGUGUGAGCGCGUCAAACACAUCGACGGCAUGGACCCUAGCAUGCUGGGCCAGUACACCGCCACCAUCAAGAAGGUGAGGCCUGCUAUACUUUUACAUUUUAGUCAUUUAGCAGACGCUCUUAUCCAGAGCGACUUACAGUUAGUGAGUGCAUACAUUUUUCACACUAUACACACUGUCUCACACACACAGCCCUCAUAUACACACACUCAGCCUUUUACACACUCAUAGCCUCCUACACCCACAUAGCCCCUCCUACGUUUGCUUAUACAACACUUCUGUCAAUAAAGUUGAUUCAAAAGAUUAAAUAUCAGUCAUGUCAGGGUAUCCAUUCCACACAAGGGGUGUUUCUCAAUAUGCAUACUACCGUGCUCCGAGCACGCAAAUUGGAGCACAGAACAGUUGGAGUAUGAGUCCAAAUCAAAGUAUGCGUAACGGAGAACAGAGGGCAAUUCUCAGAUGCAUACUUUUCUAAGCAUGCAUUGAUGCAAGCUUCAACUGAAAUAUUCCCAUGAUUGUUGACGUAAUAUGAUGCAACCACAUAAAAUACAACUCAACAUUUCUUGAAACAAUGCCGUCUGGUUUUGAGCUAAAGGGAGAGAAAAUGAACUCCGACUUCGGACUGAAAUGCUUCCCACUCACAUUGCAUACACUACCGGUCAAAAGUUUUAGAACACCUACUCAUUCAAGGGUUUUUCUUUAUUUUUUACAAUUUUCUACAUUGUAGAAUAAUAGUGAAGACAUCAAAAAACUAUGAAAUAACACAUAGAAUCAUGUAGUAAACAAAAAAGUGUUAAACAAAUCAAAAUAUAUUUGAGAUUCACUCUUUGCCUUGAUGACAGCUUUGCACACUCUUGGCAUUCUCUCAGCCAGAUUCAUGAGGUAGUCACCUGGAAUGCAUUUCAAUUAACAGGUUAACAGGUGUGCCUUAUUAAAAGUUAAUUUGUGGAAUUUCUUUCCUUCUUAAUGGUUUUAGCCAAUCAGUUGUGUUGUGACGGGGGGUGGGGGGUGGGGAUACAGAAGAUAGCCCUAUUUGGUAAAAUACCAUGUUGCCUGAAUUUUAUAUUGAUACGUUAAUAAAUACAUACUGUGUUCAUUUUGGCAUGUUUAACUGCCUAGAAUAUCCACUGUAGUGUGUGUAGACAGCAAGCUAACUAACAAAUAAUUGGUUGCUAGCUAGCUUCCCAUGAAGAAUUUGUAGCUAACGUUGGCCAGCUGCCUUUCAUAACAACAUUAGUUGUAGGUCAUUUGUACAAGUAAAACUAGCUGGCUAGCUAGAUUAUUGGGAUUCACAUAUAGCUAGCUGAUAAUUAUUAAGUUACAAGCUCACAUUUGCUUUAUGUAGUUAUCUUGUUUAGUUUGUAUUGUUCAAAGGUAAUGCAUUAGCACGGGAGUGCGCAUUGCUUCUCAAAUGUUAAUUUGUAUGUACUCGAAAGUCCUCAGAGAACGAACUCGCAGCAUGAGAGUGUGGAGCAUGGUAGCAUGCAUAUUGAGCAACAACCAAGGGUUUAAUUUUUGUCUAUUAAAGGUCCAAUGCAGCUGUUUUUAUCUCAGUAUCAAAUAAAUUCUGGUUAACAAUUACGUACCUUACUGUGAUUGCUUUCAAUUAAAAUGGUCAAACAGAAACAAAAAUAGCUUCUUAGCAAAGAGCAAUUUCUCAAGCAAGACUUGUGCUAGGACUGUCUGGGAGUGGUCUGAGUGGGGAGGGGAAAACUGAAAACUAGCUGUUAUUGGCAGAGAGGUUUGGAACUUUCUUAUUGGCCUAUUAACUAAUUUACCACCAGAUGAUUUCACUAGGCAGGCCAAAGCACCAUCCCACCAAAACAGGCUGCAGUUUCAGGCAAUCUUUUCAUCAGAUCUUACACUAAAAGGGCAUUAUCAUAAUUUUCACAAUUUCACAGUAUUAUUCCAACCUCAUAAGGUGGAAAUAUACACUACAUGACCAAAAGUAUGUGGACACCUGCCAUUCAAACGUCUCAUUCCAAAAUCAUGGCCAUUAAUAUGGAGUUGGUCCCCCCUUUGCUGCUAUAAAAGCCUCCACUCUUAUGGGAAGGCUUUCCACUAGAUGUUGGAACAUUGCUGCGGGGACUUUCUUCCAUUCAGCCACAAGAGCAUUAGUGAGGUCGGGCACUGAUGUUGGGCGAUUAGGCCUGGCUGGCAGUCGGCAUUCCAAUUCAUCCCAAAUGUGUUUGAUGGGGUUGAGGUCAGGGCUCUGUGCAGGCCAGUCAAGUUCUUCUACACCAAUCUUGACAAACCAUUUCUGUAUGGACCUCGCUUUGUGCAUGGGGGCAUUGUCAUGCUGAAACAGAAAAGGGACUUCCCCAAACUCCUGCCACAAAGUUGGAAGCACAGAAUCGUCUAGAAUGUAAUUCUAUGCUGUAGCAUUAAGAUUUCCCUUUACUGGAACUAAGGGGCCUAGGCCGAACCAUAAAAAACUGCCCCAGACCAUUAUUCCUCCUCCACCAAACUUUACAGUUGGCACUAUGCAUUGGGGCAGGUAGCGUUCUCCUGGCAUCCGCCAAACCAAGAUUUGUCCGUCGGACUGCCAAAUGGUGACGCGUGAUUCAUCACUCCAGAGAAUGCGUUUCCACUGCUCCAGAGUCCAAUGGCGUCGAGCUUUACACCACUCCAGCCGACACUUGGCAUUGCUUAUGGUGAUCUUAGGCUUCUGUGCAGCUGCUCGGCCAUGGAAACCCAUUUCAUGAAGCUCCUGACUAACAGUUAUUGUGCUGACAUUGCUUCCAGAGGUAGUUUGGAACUCGGUAGUGAGUGUUGUAACCGAGGACAGACAAUUUUUACGCGCUUCAGCACUCGGCAGUCCCGUUCUGUGAGCUUGUGUGGCCUACCACUUCGUGGCUGAGCCGUUGUUGCUCCUAGACGUUCCCACUUCACAAUAACAGCACUUACAGUUGACCGGGGCAGCUCUAGAAGGGCAGAAAUUUGACGAACUGACUUGUUGGAAAGGUGGCAUCCUAUGACGGUGCCACAUUGAAAGUCACUGAGCUCUUCAGUAAGGCCAUUCUACUGGCAAUGUUUGUCUAUGGAGAUUGUAUGGCUUUGUGCUCGAUUUUAUACACCUUUCAGCAAUGGGUGUGGCUGAAAUAGCAGAAUCCACAAAUUUGAAGGGGUGUCCACAUACUUUUGUGUAUAUAUAGUGUAUAUAAAACACAUGAAAAUCUCAUCUUUGACUGCACUGGGCCUUUUAAUAAUGACCUGUAUCAGCUUUAUAUGGCCCGGGCCUCCCGAGUGGCGCAGCGGUCUAAGGCACUGCAUCGCAGUGCUAGAGGCGUUACUACAGACCCGGGUUCAUUCCCGGGCUGUGCCACAACCGGCCGUGGCCUUGAGUCCCAUAGGACGUCGUCCGGGUAAGGGGAGGGUUUGGCUGGGGUGGCUUUACUUGGCUCAUCGUGCCCUAGCGACUCCUUGUGGCGGGCCGGGUGCCUGCAGGCUGACCCCGGUCACCAGUUGAACGAUGUUUCCUCUGACACAUUGGUGCGGCUGGCUUCCGGGUUAAGCUGGCGGGUGUUAAGGAGCGCGGUUAGGCGGGUCAUGUUUCGGAGGACUCAUGACUCCACCUUCGCCUCUCCCAAGCCUGUUGGGGAGUUGCAGCAAUUAGACAAGGGGGUACAAAAAAAAGGGGGUACAAAAAUAAUAAAUAAAAUAAAUAUAUAUAUAAUAAUAUAAUAAAAAAAUUCUACUAAAAAAUAUAGCUUCAUAUGGCCCAACAAAACAGCCAAAGUUGAUGUCUGCAUUGAGCUUCCAGUCCAUUUAGACAGGAUGUCAUUAAUGUCUAGGCUAUAUAUCAAUUCCUCUAGACCACAGUUGGCCCACUUAACAACACUUCUAGUGAGACAUUGUCUUUAUGUGAAAGUAUUUAUUGUUCUGUGAGGUGCAGAACUGAGAAAAGUAUAGCAAUGUAGAGUUCAUACAUGUGUACCUUUGGAAUUGAGGCUUUAGACAUGGCUUUAGCCCAGGACUACUGUUAAAUACGAGUUUCGUUAUACCAUCAGAAGGGAUUCCAAAUGUCUCUAUUUUGCCUUACUUGAGCACAUGGCCCUACUUGCCCAACCUCUAAAUGCGCCUACUUUAGCCUCCUUGUCCCGUCUUUUCCAACUUAUACAUAUGGGCCUACUUUACUCAAUUUAUGCCUACUUAUGCCCUAAUUUAUACAGUAUGGGUUAGCUUCCCAGACACAGAUUAAGCCUAAUCCUUAAAUAAAAAGCAAGCUUGAUGGAGAAUCUCCAUUGAUAGUGCUUUUUAGUCCAGGAUUAGGCUUUUUAGUCCAGGAUUAGGCUUUAUAUUAUAUUAUAUAUAUUAUAUUAUCUGUGUCCGAACCGGCCCAAUGUGCCUGUAUUUGAUCAACUGUGAUCAUGUCUCUGCCUCUCUCUCUCCAUGUUAGGCCAAUGUGAAUGGCCGGGUGCUGUCUCAAUGCAACCUGGAAGAGCUGAAAAAAGAGAUGAACAUGAACUUUGGCGACUGGCAACUCUUCAGAGGCAUGGUAAGACAAAACCUCCACCUCCACUUUUAAAUACUCAACAUCCUUCUUUUAUUUAUUUUAUGUGUACAUUAAUAUCAGUGUCCUGAUUUCUAUUCACCGGAUUUGUGUUUUGUGCGUUGUUUUUUUUGUCUUCUAAAAAAUCAGGGCAUCUUGUAAUACAUCUUGAGCCCUCUCUGGAGACAUCGGAGGAUUUUAUAAUCCGUAUUACGAGAAAGUCUGGAGUCUGCUCCGCUCGCUCGGGGGGCUGGAAUCAGGAACACAUGUAGCUUGCGUUGAUCAGAUGUCCGUUUGUGCCUCCUUCCACAAACGAAUGUUGUGUUGCCAGAACGUGGCCAGCCAGCCAGCCAUCUGGUCCAAGAUGGCUGAGAUUUAGAUGAAGGAAGGUUAUUGUCAGUGGGAGCUGCAGUCAGCCAGUCUCCAUGCAGUCGAGGGGUCUGACUCUGAAUAGCUGCACGGUUUUACAAGAAAUUGAAUUUUUCCCUCUUCUGAGCACAUCCCAAGCCAUCUGAUGUGGAGACCGGACCACUAACUGUAUGCAUAUAGGCCCUAUAGAGUUUAACAGAAUUCAUUUGAGUGUGAACGUUGUCAUCAGAUGUACUCACCAUCUAUUGAACUAAAAUACUAGUACUGACUUUGUGUUUCUAAAGUAUUAAGAUGAUGGUUAUGUAUUGGCUUCCUACAGCAGCUGAUGGUAGACUAUAUGUUAGGUAAAGAGCUGGUAGAUGCAGUGUGCUGAAUCUAUUCCUAUUGGUUGUGUGUGGUUCUAUAGAGUUAGUGGUUGUAUGUUGGUUUCAUAGCUAGUGGUUAUACUGUAUAUUGGCUCUGUAGCUUGUGGAUAUUUCCUAUGUUGAGUCUAUCUAUACCUUGGGGUGACAUGUUUGCUCCGCACGCGGCUGGCUGUAUGCUUUUCUCUCUAACAGUCCCCUCUCCCCUCUCCCAGGUGAUGGAGCAGCGUCACGGGGAGAGCCAGGCCCUGCAGGAGGAGUCUCGUGCGGCCAGCGAGCAGGGCAGCAGCGUGGUCAACGUGGAGACGGCCAGGCACCAGGGAGCUCCCCAUGAGGUGGGCAGCUACAGCUUGAACCUCAGCUUCGAGGAGCUCAGUAACGUAGGCCUGGGUCUGGAGGAGCCCCCGAGACCCACUCAGCACUGGCCCGUGGUGAGUUGAAUACACACACUCCCACUCGUAUACACAUACGCACAUGCACGCACACACACACACACACACGUACACAUAUACGUACACUCAUACACACACACACAUUGAUAAAUACGGUACAUACACAAACACACAUUUACACAUGCAGUACAUUCAUAGACUCAUGUACUGAGCACAGAUAAACACAUUCACAUACCCACAGAAAUACAAACAUGCCAAGCCUUCCAAACACCCUUAAAGAGGACAUGUAAGCAGUCAAAUAUGCAAAUACAGUUGCUAGUGAAAGUCUACCCACCCCUUGCACAGUCUUCGUAUUUUGCUGCCUUAAAAUAAAAUAAAAUAAAAAAUAACUACAGAUCUGCACAACCUACUCCACAUUUUCAAAGUAGAAUUAUAGAAAUGUUCCAAACUAAAGUAGAAAAUUGUAUAUCAUAAACUGCAGUUGAGGAGCAAUGGGAAAGUAAUUCUGCUUUGAAAGUUGAUAAACUUGUAACCCCACUUUUGAGAAAAUGUUUUGGUACACCUACUGGAGAGCUCUUCUUUGUCUACACCUAUUCAGCAACGUUUACACCCUCUUAAUCCUUAGCCCCACCCAUCUCUUUAAGGAUUCACAUGUGAGGCCAUGUGCUAAAUAGAGUGAGUAGUGUAGUAAACAACCAAAGAUUUCAAGACUAAAAGUGGUGAAAGUAGUAGCCUACAAUAAGGAAAGACUACACUUUAUCUAGUCCUUGGCCUAUAUCCUAAUCUGACUUUGAAAGUGUCCAGAUACAAAUAUUUUAUAAUCAUUAGAUGAUGCUUACCCAGACACUUGUCUAAAUUGAUGGGUCAUGUGAAAGAAAUGCUAUAACCACCCCCCCCAGCCACAUCUAGCUAAGUGGAUGGGUCACUAUUGUCUAGACAUGUACACAUGUUCAUGAAAUACAAUAGAUGGCCGUAAUAAUAAUAUAAUAAUAAUAUGCCAUUUAGCAGACGCUUUUAUCCAAAGCGACUUACAGUGCAUACAUUUUUUUGUGUAUGGGUGGUCCCGGGGAUCGAACCCACUACCUUAACGUUACAAGCGCCGUGCUCUACCAGCUGAGCUACAGAGAACCACUAAUCACCCCCAGACACACCUGGCUUGAUGGGUAAUUGAAUAAUUAUCUUGCAAAGUGGAGUCUUUUGUUUUGACAUAUAGCUAGUAGCUAAACAAUGAACCAUAAUCCCAACCCAUAGCUACGGUACAAACGAAUUGUCAUAGCUAGCCACUAUGCAUGAACUGCUGGAGUAUGAAUCUGCAGGUAGCUAAAGCUAACCAACUAGGUUCAAUGUUAGCUAGCUAGCUAACAGUACACUUUAACUUGCAAUGAAAAUGACUUUCUGACAGAAUUUGAAACGUAUAAUAUCUGAAAAUGUAGCUAGAUUCUUACCUGUAUACAUAAGUGAACGCUUCACAGCAGUGUCUUUUCUGUUUGGUUUGUAGCUAGCUACAGCUUGUUUGGCCCAUUGUUUUGUCAAAUCACUCCAGUUCACACUGACCUUCUGCAGAAAAGUAGUCCAUCACAACUUUUUCCCACUGAUCUUUGUCGAUAGCGCCUGCUAAAUUCUGGGCAACAAUGUUGUUGAGAGCAGUAGAAACACUUUUGCAGAUAUCCAUUGCUAACAUUAUACUGUAUAUCCAUUGUUUUUGUCAAAAUUGCUCAAUCUCAGUAACUUUGACUGGGAACCAUUGAUGGACAGCAAUAUUCAAACAUUUUCUCUGAUUUUCAAGCAAAUUUAAGUCAGGACUGAGACUGGACCACUUAGGAACACUCAACACUUCUUGGAAAGCCAUUCUGGUGUGUCUUUGGCAUUACAAUGUGUGUAAUUGUGUAAGUAAAACUCUAUCCCAGGCUUAGGUUUUAGAAGACUGUGGCGGGUUUCCUGUAACUUUUUACCUGGGCUUUGCUCUUUUCAUAUUUCUUUUGAUCCUGGCAUACUCACCAGUCCCUGCCAGUGACAAGCAUACCCAUAACAUAAUGCUGUCACCACAAUACUUGAAAAACAGAGGGUUUCACUAUGUGUUGGAUUGGAUUUGACCCCAACCUAUAGUUUUUAAUUUAGGCCCAAAACUUAAUUUCUUUGCUGUGUUGUCUUGCAGUAUUAUUAAACGGCAUUGUUGCAAACCGAAUGGAUGAUUUGAAGUAGAUUCUUAUAAUACAGGUUUCCUUCUUUUUACUUUGUCAAAUAGGCCGGUAAUGAGGAGUGAAUGUAAUGUUGUUGAUCCCUUUGUAUAUUCUAGUAUUGUGGUGGCAGCAUCAUGUUAUGGGUAUACUCUUGUCACCGCAAGGGAUUGGGGAGUUUGUCAGGAUCAAAAUAAAUAUUAAAGGAGCAAAGGUAAAAAGUUAGAGGAAAACCCACCUUGGUCUUCUGAAAACCUUACCCUGGGAUAGAGUUUUUAAUUUUUUAGCGGGACGAUUGCACACAUUUUAAUGCCUAAGACACCAGAAUGACUUUUCAAGAGGUGUUCAGUGUUCCUGAAUGGCCCAGUCUCAGUUCUGACUUAAAUCUAUUUGAAAAUCAGAGACAAGGUUUGAAUAUUGCUGUCCAUUAAUGAUUCCCAACCAAAUGUACUGUGCUUGAGCAAUUUUGACAAAAUCAAUGGAUUAUGUUGCGCUAAGAGUUGUGCAAGGUUGGUAGAAUUGUAUAAAAAAAUUAUUAACAGUUGUAAUGACUACCAAAGGUGCUUCCACCAAGUAUUGAUUUGAGGUGUGACGACAUACAGUACCAGUCAAAUGUUUGGACACACCUACUCAUUCAAGGGUUUUUCUUUAUUUUGACUAUUUGACUAUCAAAACUAUGAAAUAACACAUAUGGAAUCAUGUAGUAACCAAUAAAGUGUUAAACAAAUCAAAAUAUAUUUAAUAUUUGAGAUUCUUCAAAUAGCCACCCUUUGCCUUGAUGACAGCUUUGCACACUCUUGGCAUUCUCUCAACCAGCUUCACCUGGAAUGCUUUUCCAACAGUCUUGAAGGAGUUCCCAUAUACACUACCGUUCAAGAGUUUGGGGUCACUUAGAAAUGUCCUUGUUUUCGAAAAGAAAAGCAAUUUUUUGGUCCAUUAAAAUAACAUCAUUGGUUUGUAGCUAGCUACAGCUUGUUUGGCCCAUUGUAACAGUGAAGAGGCGACUCCGGGAUGCUGACCUUCUAGGCAGAAUUGCAAAGAAAAGGCCAUAUCUCAGACUGCCCAUCUUAAUAUUUUAUUUUUAUUGGCCAGUCUGAGAUAUGGCUUUUUCUUUGCAACGAUGCCUAGAAGGUCAGCAUCCCGGAGUCGCCUCUUCACUGUUGACGUUGAGACUGGUGUUUUGCGGGUACUAUUUAAUGAAGCUGCCAGUUGAGGACCUGUGAGGCGUCUGUUUCUCAAACUAGACACUCUAAUGUAUUUGUCCUCAUGCUCAGUUGUGCACCAGGGCCUCCCACUCCUCUUUCUGUUCUGGUUAGAGCCAGUUUGUGCUGUUCUGUGAAGGGAGUAGUACACAGCGUUGUACGAGAUCUUCAGUUUCUUGGCAAUUUCUCGCAUGGAAUAGCCUUCAUUUCUCAGAACAAGAAUAGACUGACGAGUUUCAGAGGAAAGUUCUUUGUUUCUGGCCAUUUUGAUUCUGUAAUCGAACCCACAAUUGCUGAUGCUCCAGAUACUCAACUUGUCUCAAGAAGGCCCGUUUUAUUGCUUCUUUAAUAAGCACAAAAGUUUUCAGCUGUGCUAACAUGAUUGCAAAAGUAUUUUCUAAUGAUCAAUUAGCCUUGAUAAUGAUAAACUUGGAUUAGCAAACGCAACGUGCCAUUGGAAUACAGGACUGAUGGUUGCUGAUAAUGGGCCUCUGUAAGCCUAUGUAGAUAUUCCAUUAAAAAUCAGCUGUUUCCAGCUACAAUAGCCAUUUACAACAUUAACAAUGUCUACACUGUAUUUCUGAUCCAUUUGAUGUUAUUUUAAUGGACAAAAAAAUUGCUUUUCUUUCGAAAACAAGGCCAUUUCUAAGUGACCCCAAACUUUUGAACGGUAGUGUAUGCUGAGCACUUGUUGGCUGCUUUUCAUUCACUCUGCUGUCCGAGUCAUCCCAAACCAUCUCAAUUGGGUUGAGGUCGGGGGAUUGUGGAGGCCAGGUCAUCUGAUGCAGCACUCCAUCACUCUCCUUCUUGGUCAAAUAGCCCUUACACAGCCUGGAGGCAUUCCAAAAAUCUCAAAUUUGGACUCCAGACCAAAGUACACAUUUCCACCGGUCUAAUGUCAAUUGCUCGUGUUUCUUGGACCAAGCAGGUCUCUUCUUAUUAUUUGUGUCCUUUUAGUAGUGGUUUCUUUGCAGCAAUUCGACCAUGAAGGCCUGAUUCACACAGUUCCCUCUGAACAGUUGAUGUUGAGAUGUGUCUGUGACUUGAACUCUGUGAAGCAUUUAUUUGGGCUGCAAUUUCUGAGGCUGGUAACUCUAAUGAACUUAUCCUCUGCAGCAGAGGUAACUCAGAGUCUUCCAUUCCUGUGGCGGUCCUCAUGAGAACUAGUUUCAUCAGAGCGCUUGAUGGUUUUUGCGACUGCACUUGAAGAAACUUUUAAAGUUCUUGAAAUGUUCCGUAUUGACUGACCUUCAUGUCUUAAAGUAAUGAUGGACUGUCGUUUCACUUUGCUUAUUUGAGCUGUUCUUGUGUAAGGGCUAUAUGACCAAGAAGGAGAGUGAUGGAGUGCUGCAUCAGGUGACCUGGCCUCCACAAUCACCCGACCUCAACCCAAUUGAGAUGGUUUGGAAUGAGUUGGACCGCAGAGUGAAGGAAAAGCAGCCAACAAGUGCUCAGCAUAUGUGGGAACUCCUUCAAGACUGUUGGAAAAGCAUUUUUUGAAAAUGUUGAGCAGGUUGUGUAGAUCUGUAUGGAAAAUAUCCAGUUUAAUCCCUUUUUAGAUAAACAUUUAAGGCAGCAAGAUGUGAAGACUGUGCAAUGGGUGUGUAGACUUUCACUAGGCACUGUAUACACUUACACAAGCAGUCAUUGAACUCAUCAGAGCUAAAUUAGCAUGUGGUUUUGGGUGAGAUGAUGGCAGUUUUGACCUCCCCUGGUUGAGGACGUUGACGUGGCUGAUCACACAUACACAGACUCACACCACCAAAGGGCAAGGCAGGGUGUUAGAAAAGCUGUUAUUUUUGCCCUCUCUGCUCUCAACUGCCAACAUGCUAACAUAUACGCAAACAUAAACUUCUCUAGCAUGGCUGUCAGUUUUUUAUUGUCAUUACUAGUUAUUUGGUGGCUUGCAGUGCUGUUGUUUGCCUGUAAAUAAAGCAUUGUAAAGUCAAACAGCACCACCAUGACCACAAACCUCAUGAGAUUGUGCUUUCUCACCCCUUUACCCAAACCAAUAACGUCCAUGGCGCAUCCCGUUCCCCCCUCAACCAUAACAAAAACCUUUAUACUGCACGUUACCCUCUCCUUCCCACCCCCAGGCGGCCACCCACCGCACCCCCAGCAUGUCCAGCCUCAACUCCCAGGAGUCAUCCAACGACAUCUGCAAGCUGACGGACAAGCAGCAGGCAGAGUAUCGCGACGCCUACCGCGAGUACAUCACCCAGAUGACCCAGCUGGACGUGGCCGGAAGCGGGGGAGAGAAGCCCGUCCAGCCCCACCCGGGCCAGUUCCUCCAGAGCCGAGAGGUCAGAGACCCAGAGGAAAAGGCCAAAGACGGGACCGAGCAGGAGGGCCGCAAGCCCUCUUUCCCCACCAAGAGAGGGGCUAAAGCUAUGGAUGCGGUCGAUUACAGAUGCCCCCCUGGACCCCAUCAGCGAAGAGGACGAGAAGCUGUAUUCCAGCGCCUCCAAAGCAGGGGGCUCCAAGGUGAAGGGAGCAGGGCCUCGAUACCACAAUGUCCCCAGUGAUGAGGAGUCAGGGACGGAGGAAUCAGACAACACCCCUCUGCUCCAGGAAGAAGGGAAGGAGGGGGGCGCCCAAGCGACAUCCGACAUAGCCCUGGACAAGAAGGACUCGUCCGACUCGGGGUUGAGGUCUGGCGAGAGCUCCUCGGACCACUCCCUAGUGGAAGCCGAAGAGGUUAAUAAACCCAACCUGAUAGAGCUGGAGCUAGAAGGUCUGGUAAAGGAGAGGGGCCUGCUGCCCAGCAGUCUGAGUGGCCUCCACGAUUCCACCAUCGCCCGCAUGUCCAUCUGCUCCGAGGCCCCAUCCGAGGGCAGCCUGAUGGCCUCCAGCCCCGACGAAACCUGGUUCCCCGCCAGCUUGUCCAUGAGCAACCUCAACCGCGCCUCCAGUACCACCACGCUCAACAACAACAGUAGCAACAACGCUGCCACCACCAACACCAGCCAAGACAACCAAGACACAGAGAGCUCCACCCCACGCUCCAGCACUGACUCCACCACUGGGCCUGUCCAUAACCAGAACCUGCGUGGGAUCAUCCUCAAGAGGGCACUGAGCACCGGGGAGGCCCUUGAGGGCCACACAGGGGCCCCUGAUGCCAUUAUCCUGGAGGACGAGAGAGAGAGUGUC